AUGGCCAUAUCAAAACAGUCUGAUCAGCAAUCAGUGGACGAGCUAAUUAAGACGGGUGUAGCUGAUCAUAUUGCACUGCAGGCACAGAAUCAUCCAAAAGCCAUUAGUGACGCCCUAAAUGACGAGAACGCUCUUGAAACUGAUGGUCAAAUGAAGCAUUCCAGUACAUUUAUAUUGGCAGAUAGCGAAGAUGAGCCCAAGCUCGAUCAAGAUCAGCUCACUGCACGCCCAGAGCUGGGGUCUAAUCUGGAGACUCCAGACAAUGCGACUGCCCCACGCAUCGAAAUCACUGAGGCUGAUAGUGAGAUACUCGACGAAACAGCGAAUGGAGCCGGGGCAGCAGAGCCAAAAAAGAAGAAGAAGAAGAGGAAACCCAAGAGUCAGCGAGGCUUGAACGCCGCGACAGGGUUUGAGGCAGGGUUCUGUGAUGCUCCCCUGACACCAGGACAAUCUGAAGAGAAUAAGAAGUUAUACGACCAACAAUAUCCUUUUGCAGAACUCGAUCCCAAUCGAAAGAACUUGUUUGACAAAUACCUUUCCUUUGGUGGUAUCGAUACCGGGCCAAAGCCCUUCUCAGGCGGGCUUGAUAGGAGCACCAUUGAAAGUAGUAACGCUGCUGAGAUCGCCGCCUUAACGGCCACCCACUAUGUUCCCUUUGAUAUGUCAGAUCCUAGAAAUGAAAAAUAUGAGGUUGACUUUGAAGGCUGCUUGAAAGGUUUUCUAUCCACGCGAUACACGUCCGCGUUUGACAUCACUAGUGAAGCUCAGAUAGUGUAUUACCUCGAUAUCAUUCGGAGCUUCUUCAGGUAUCUCCUCUACCACGAUGUUUGUCCUGAACACCGCGAUCAAAUUGAAAUCUCACGUCGAUUGUGUGACCAAGGACAGUACGAGCUGUGGCAAAUCGCUCAAUUGAAACCAAUUCUUCCUGGAUCUUUCAAUGAAGCGUGCUCUUCAAUUUUUGGCGGCAUGAUCAAAGACUGGCACCUUCCCACUACCGAUGCUUGGAUGAACGAAACGGAUAAGCGAAUGAUUUCAGUCGGAAUGACGGCUUCUCAUUGCCGGAAGAUACUUAGAACUGGUUUGCUCUCUUACGGCAGUAAAGCGCAGCUCCAGUGCUACGACGACGCCUUGAUAGGGAAGGUCGUUGCAUUCAGCCGUCAAGAGAAAAUUGGUUUAGAAGUUACCAAAAUCACUUUGGGAAGGUCCUCAUCUGAUGUCAGAAAGCUUUACGCAGCCAAUAAUCAGAGAGGUCUGCCAAUCUUAGGCCAAUUGUACGCAAGACCAUGGAAAAUAUCUGACGACUUGGCGGAAGACCUUACCGAAGACGAGGCACACUCAGUAGAAAAUCUUAGCUCGACUGACAGGUACGAAUUCUGGAUCGAAGACAAGAUUCUCGAAAAAGCCUUCGUAGGUCUGAAGUUCCAGGUUGCUUUGAAACAGCUUACAACGGGGAUUUACUAUUUCGAUGAAGUCUACGAAUUGCUGCCCUCCUUCUUCGCUCUUUUACCCAACGAGCAGAUGAUAGGAUGGAGGGAAAUCGAGGCGGAGUGGCUAGAACCUCGGCCAGACUCCGACGUUAACGAGCAGGAUGCUGAAGAUGAUGCCUAG